AUGGUCAAGAUCGCAUCCGUGCGGUAUUACCGCGUAAAGCCUCGUUGGCUCAUGGUGAAGAUCACCGACGAAAAUGGCGAGUAUGGUUGGGGCGAGGCUACGCUCGAGGGUCAUGACCUGGCUGUUGAAGGUUGUCUUGAGGAGAUGAUUCCUAGGAUACUAGGUCUCGAAGCAGGCAACAUUGAGCACAUCUGGCAAACCUUUUGGCGACAUGGCUUCUACCGAGGUGGCCCCGUCUUCAUGUCAGCAAUGUCAGGCAUUGAUAUUGCGUUAUGGGAUUUGAAAGGGCGUACACUGAAAGUCCCUGUUUACGAACUAUUGGGCGGCCAAGUUCGCAACAAGGUGCAAGUGUACUGCUGGAUUGGCGGCGACAGACCGUCAGAUGUUGAGGCAGCAGCCAAGAAGCGCAUUGCUCAAGGCCUGACAUGCGUCAAGAUGAAUGCAACCGAGGACUUGAAUUGGGUUGACUCACCCAGGGUCCUAAAAGACACAGUCGAGCGUCUCAAGCAAGUCAAAGCCCUCGGCCUUGACGCUGGUCUUGAUUUCCAUGGCCGUCUUCACAAAGCCAUGGCCAAACAGCUGGCCAGAGCUCUCGAACCAUAUGAGCCCCUGUUCAUCGAGGAGCCCCUACUUUGCGAACAUCCGGAAGCCAUCAAGCAGCUCUCGAACCAGACGACGAUCCCCAUUGCUUUUGGUGAACGUCUUUAUACCAGAUGGGACAUCAAACGCUUCCUCGAGGAUGCCAGCGUCGACAUACUUCAGCCAGAUAUCGCGCAUGCUGGAGGAAUAUCCGAGACGAAGCGCAUCGCCACCAUGGCAGAAGCGUACGACGUGGCGAUUGCACCUCACUGCCCACUUGGCCCUGUCGCAUUCGCGGCAAGUGUACAGGUCGCAUUAUCAGCACCCAACUUUUCCAUCCUUGAGAUGAGUCUUGGCAUGCAUUACAAUACUGAGGCAGGAGACAUUGAUCUCUUGACAUAUUUGAAGAACCCCACCGUUUUCGACAUUGAGGGUGGUUAUGUCAAGGCGCCCACUGGCUAUGGGCUGGGUAUCGACAUUGACGAGGAGAUGGUUAUCAAAAUUUCCAAGGAGACGGAGCCAUGGCAAUGUAAGGUCUUCCAUGGCCCAGACGGCAGCAUUCGCGAAUGGUAA